AUGAAUUAGGAGCAAUAACCUAAAGACUCAAUUGAGCAGGAAUCAGAUGAGAAUGAAAAGAAAGAUCAACUCUAGCCACAGGAACAAAAGAAGAAGAAGAAGAAAAAUAAGAAGAAAAAGAAAUGGGGAGAAGAGGGUAAUCUCAAAUUAAUAUAUAUUUAAUAGAGGAAGUACUUACAGAUUUUGAUGAUGAUUGGCAAAAUAAAGUUAAGUAAUCUAAAAUCUUGUAAGAUCCAGAUCUUCCUCAACAUAUUAAGGAGAAGUAUGCUAUUUAUGAAAAUAAUCCAUUCAUGAUGAUCAUUUCAAAUGUGCCUCUCAAUGUUUAGUUGAAAGAACUGGAAGAAUAUUUUAAUACUCUCAUCACUUCUCUUGAUCCAAAAAUAAGUAUUUUCCUUGCUUAUAUUAGAUGACAGACCAAUCAAAUCAAUUGAAUAUGGUGCCACUAAGUCUUGGGUGGUUUUAGAAUGCAGUUCUAAGGAAGCAAAAAGAGCCUUAGUGACUCAGGACUAAGUUCAAUUUGUCAAUAAUUGCAAAAUUAAGGUGGAAAGACCCAGAAAAUUUUUGGAGAGAAUCCUCAAUCCAUAAGCAAGGGAUGGGGAAUUGAAUCCAGAAUAGAAGUAGGAGGACAAUACCAGAUUAUAUUUGGGUGGGUUGCCUACUUAUCUAAGAGAUGAAGAUGUGAUGAAAUUAAUUCAAUCCUUUGGAAUAACCAAGUAUUUUAAUCUCGUUAAGGACACUACUUCUAAUACAGAAAUCUCAAAGGGUUAUUGUUUCUUUGAAUAUGAAAACACUGUGUCUACAGCCAAGGCUCUGAAGGCACUCAAUAACUUGUAGAUUGGGGAUAGGAAAUUGAAGAUUUGCAAAGUUCAAGGCGAAACUCAAUAAAAUAAAAAAAUCAAUGGCAAGGAUCAGCCAUCCAAUUAUGCUGGUUCAUUCUUAGCUUCUUGUGACUUACUGAGAAUACCUUAGGUUCAAUAGAUGCUCACAAUCCCAUAAUCUGCCUUGAUUCCUAGUAAAGUUGUUUAAUUUUUGAAUAUGGUUUAAAUACUUCCUUAUUCAUUUUAGUGUUCCAUUUAGGAUCUAUACGAGGAUGACAUUUUCGAGGAGUUGAUGGAAGAUAUAAGGAGUGAGUGCAUACGUUAUGGACAAAUCGAAAAAAUAGAGAUUCCCAGGCCUGACAAGGAAUCAGGGUAUUAAUGCUUAUAAUUGUAGUUUCUGCAAUCCUGCUGUUGGGAAAAUCUUUGUUAAGUUUUAUUAUUAGAUUCCUGCCAAAAAGGCCAAGUUCCAUCUGGCUGGACGUACUUAUAAUAAGAGAACUGUUAUUACUUCAUUUUAUCCUGAAGAAUAAUUUGAUUAUAAAGACUAUUUGAUAAAUGGGUGA